AUGACUUGCUCUUCUCCAGAUGAGGCCAAGAGAGCUACCAAGUCAGAAGAUGCUGCUGGCAUUAGGCCAGAGACGAACUCGACGGCGAUGCACGGUUUCAAGCUCUAUGCCGUUUUCAUAGGUAUAUGCUUCGGUGCCUUCCUGAUGUCCUUAGAUAUCUUCGUCAUGGCAACAGUACUACUAACCCCCCCUUCCUGCUACCCGAAAGUUUCAACUGUAUCUGACACCCCAUGGCUAGUCGGCAGUCUCAUAUGUGGCUUUGCUCCAAAUAGUAACACAUUUAUUGUGGGUCGUGCAGUCGCAGGUGUUGGGGCCUCCGGUGUCGCUAGUGGUGGGUUUGUUAUUGUUCUCACUGUUUCUUCCGAGAAAGCGAAACCGCUUCUUAUAGGCAUAUGCAGCAGUUGCUUUGCUAUGGGUCUAAUUCUAGCACCUGUUAUAGGUGGCGCUUUAACAGAGAAGGCAACGUGGAGGUGGUGUUUCUGGGUGAACCUUCCUCCAGGUGCUCUGACGUUAUUCUAUAUGCUCUGCUUCUUCAACCCCCCAUCUAUACAGCAUAAUCAGACUGCUGUCCAGCGGAUCAAGAGCCUGGAUCUCAUCGGAUGUGGAAUAUUCAUUCCAGCUAUUUUUAUGCUGCUUCUCGCUAUGAUAUGGGGCGGCACAAAAAACGAUUGGGACUCGGCAACUAUCAUCGGUCUCUUUAUGGGCUCAGGUGUGAUACUCAUACUCUUUGUUUCGGCUAUCAAGGUGAUGUUCCAAGCCGUGCAAGGGGCAACUCCAUUGGAAAGUGGUACGCAGGUUUUAGCUGCUAUGCUCUCUCAAAUAGUGGGAACACUGUUUGCUGGUAUCCUGGCUUUAUAUACUCAGUUCUCGACUUUCGAUACACCACCUAGCCAUUGGAUUGGUUUCCAGGUCAUCCACGGUCUCGGGGUUGGUAUGGCCCAGCAAAUGUCCUCUCUCAUAGUCCAGCUAGCGGUCAAAGAUAAGCCGGAUCUCAUACCCGUUGCCGUCUCUCUCAAUUUAUUCUUUCAGUACCUGGGAGCCACAGUCACACAAGUUCUUAGAGGUAUCGUGUUUCGUUCAAGUCUGGGCCAAGAACUGGCCUACCAUGCCGGUCUGACUGUUUCCCAAAUAGCUUUGUUAUCUGCCGCUGGAACUGCCCAUAUACGUGAAACUACCGAACAAGAUUUUCCCAAACUGUUACGCCUGGGUUUGGAAUGUUACAACACAGCCAUUACAUCGAUAUUUUUUGUUGCAGUUGCUACGACAGCUUCAGGAUUUUUCCUAGCUUUCGGAGUUAAGUGGACAAGAAUCGAUGAGGAAAAGAGGUUUGGUUUGGAAGGGAGUGAAUUUGGACGGUAG